GUAAAGAUGGAGAACUCAAACAGUCUCGUCCACUCAUGUAAGGGGCUUACCCCCGGAUACUCUAUCAGGUAGUCGGCAGGGAUGAGGUAUGUCCCACACAAGGCCUUUUGUGAGAGCGAUUCCUCUCUGAAGGGUGUCUCAGCUUAUUGACCAUGACAUCCCCAAGCAAGAUGUACUACCCCUCAAAAGAGACGGGGCGGAUAUUUGACUUUCUUUGGCAGAAUAGCACUAGUCUCGAUCUGCCUUCUCAAAUAUGCAUCGAGAACGUGCGGUUCAGCACCGGAUCUGAGCAGAUAUACUAUCCGGUCCCCUUCAAGGUAACAGAGACUCUAGCGGCCUUGAAGGGAACGGAGGGCGCUCUGGCUGCAGCCUUUGCGGACCUUCGGUUCGGGCGCGGCUGUGGCUCAAGGGAAGUCCGGAUCAAUCUAGAACGGGCAACGCUUUUUGGCUUCCAGGCUUUGGUGACUAAAGUCAAUGGACAUGGAAGAACAGACCCGGAGGUUAACGGCCACUUAAAAGGUGAGUUAGACACCGAUAUUCAUGCCGCCCAGUCGAAUCCUUAUCGACGACUGGCAGCCAGCAUGUACCAAACUAAGAACGAGAAUGAGUUCUUCCAUCUUCAUGGCUCUCUAAAUCCCACACCUACACUCAACAUGAUUGGCUUGGACGGAUACAGUGAUGACCUGACUGAGUAUGAAGAUAUCCGGCGGGCGAUUGAGAGUCAGGUCCAGAAAUUCGACGCAGCUGAAUUGGAAACCCUGAACGGUUCAGUCAAACACGCUGGUUUGACAGUCUAUACCCACGAGGAGUUCAAGAAUACUCCACAUGGGCGCGCCAACGUCCACCAGCCAUGGUGGAAAUGCUCGCGUCUGCCGGGAAACACACCUCCAACGAGAUUCCCAGUGACAAAGACGCAGAGAAUCCUCGAAGGUGUCAAAGUCCUGGAGCUCACUUGCGUCAUAGCAGGGCCCGUCAUCGGCCGUAUCCUUGCUGAAUACGGAGCAGAUGUGGUGAGAAUCACCUGCCCAUCAGUGCCAGAUGUGCCCUUCUUCCAAGUCGACGGUAAUAUGGGCAAGCGGACCGUUGAUAUCGAUCUAAAGACCACUACUGGACGACGGCAGUUCGAGGACCUGUUAGCCGAUGCAGAUGUUCUCAUCGACGGCUACCGCCCAGGCGUGCUCGAGAGACUGGGAUACGGACCUGCCACGGUAGCCAAAAUAGCAGAAUCGCGAGGGAAAGGUAUCAUAUACGUCGACGAGAACUGCUUCGGACACGAAGGCGAAUGGCGUGACCGUCCAGGAUGGCAGCAAAUCGCAGACUGUCUGACCGGCUUUGCGAGAUCAUACGGGGAAUUCCUCGGCCGUUCAGAACCGAUCGUAUCUCCACUUCCAAUCGCCGACUACGGCGCGGGAUGUAUGGGCGCGAUCGUCGCGUUGACGGGUCUGUAUAAUCGGGCUCGAUACGGUGGCUCGUACCACGGCAAGGUGUCGCUCAUGCAAUUCAACCUGCUUCUCUUCGCUGUUGGUCAGUAUCCGGAGCCUGUCAAGAACCAGCUUCGGAAAGCCUUACCGUCCGCUUUCUUUGAGGUGCAAUAUUCCGACAGUGUGGACCGUAGCUCGAGACUGGCCGUGGCGAUGAUGCAGGAGCGAUUUCCGCACCUUUUUGUGCCGCCAUCCACCUCGCCGGAAGAGGCGCAUACUGAGACAUGGUAUUCGCGUCAUUUCAACGGCGAGGUCGAAGUUGUGCGACCGGUUGCGGAUGUGGAUGGAGUCGAUAACAGUUUUCUUCGCGGGAGUCGACCGAAUGGCGCCGAUUCGGUGACGUCGUGGGAGAAUCGGUUUGGAUGA